UAGUCCCAAUCGUCUCGUCGUCGUCGUCGUGCUUGUGGGUCGUCAUCGUCAUCACCAUCAUCGUCAUCGUUAUCGUCGUGGUGUAGCUUUUGGCAUGGUAAACCAAAACCAGCACCAGUCCAACUACAACUGGCUCUGGCUGUCGCUGUCAGUCUGUUUAUAACCGGUAUACGGGUGGGGUUAUUCGUUCGCUCCCAAAACAAAGCCCAAAAAGGCUCCACAUUUUCACGUUUUAUGUACGAGUCGGAAAACGAGACGAAUACGUAUUUUUGUCGUUUAUUUCGAGUUUUCGAGUUUCGUAGCCAACUAACGAAGAAUUUACCAACCAACAACCAACGCAUAGCGUUUCAGAUUCACUGCAGGUUCUCUCGUCGGCGUCGUUGGUUCGAAGCAGAGAGUCAGAGUAUCGUCUCGUGUCAUUUUAGUUGUGUCGCUGUGCUGUUGUCGUUAGCGUUUAUUUGUAUGAAUUUUGUGCCUAUCUACGCGUACUCCGUCUCUGUAUAGAUACUCGCGUAUCUAGAUAUUUUGUUGCUUUUGAGUUUUUGAGUUUUUUCACGACAUCGAAUAAAUUGAUAAAUCUACUUGGCGAGAUUCGAGUGGUGCACCUUUCCUACCUGUUUUUAUGGUUUAUGGUGUGUUGGAAGUGAGUGCGGCGCGGAGCGCGGAAUGUGCUGUGUUUGGUGAAUGAGGAUUAUAUUUUGUCAAUUUUUUAGCUUUUACAUUUUUUGAAUUAAUAUUUCAAAAUAAAUAAAUAAUGCAUCAACCUCAUACCGCCUGCGACGGUUGACGAAGAAUUCAUAUUCCGCAUAUGUUGUGGGAAAUUUAAAUAUUUCAGUUUAUUAUAUUUUUGUUUCGUUGUAUUAAUCAUUUAUUGUUGCUGCAUCACCUGAACUGCUGUUGCGGUGGAAAUAAAAAGUAAUUACUCCAAGUGACACUUUAAUUUCGAGGUGAAAUUAAAAACCUGCAUAAACCUACCUAUAUGUAUGAAUAAAUACCUGGCUGUCAAAGUAAAUAAUAGGAAUUAAAAAUAAAAUAGUAACAAUAUUGUUGUUUUGAAUUUGUAUAGUUAUUUCUAUUUUCUAUCGUUUUAUUUGAAUUAAAUGUGGAUUAUAGUACGUACCUUGUUGUUUACGUUUGCAAUGCGUUUUAUCAAACCGUAAAAAGAAACAAAUUUACUUAACUUCAAUAAUUUCAAUCAAAAGAAAGAAAGAAAAAAGGGAACAUUGGCUGUAACUGUUUGUAAUAUUUAAAAUAGCUCCUUGUAGUGUUUUUCUGUUGUUUUGUUUGUCGUCGUCGGUCGGUUGGGAUCUUCGGGCACAAGACAAGGAUCUAGAAAGGAUUAUUUCUGGAAGUACUGUAUAAUUUCUCUCGAUUGAACGAAACCAUCAUCAUCAUCAUUCAACAAAAGAGGAAAAGUUAGAAAAGCAACAUUUAGAAAAAUAAAAAAGGAACAAAAACAGGAACAGGAACAAGCAGCCAGGAGCUGAGCAAGCUUAACUGAGCUAAGACCUAAAGAAGUAGAACCUGAGAAACAGAAACAGGAGAUUUAAGGAUUUUCUUCUCACAAAAUAAAAAUCACCAUACCAAACAUGUACCGAAUCACAACAAGCACUCUUGUGCUUGCCGUCAUUUUCAUCAGCUCAACAGUAUUUGCCGAAACAUGCGGUCCCGAAUUUCCCACCCAAUGCAUAUGCGGUCACGAAAACUACGAAUCCACGAUUCGCUAUGUCGUCAAUUGCACAAAUGCCGGCCUUCAAAAUACCAGCGUAUUGGAAUUUAUGCCAGCCGAAGUGGAAAUCCUCAUUUUCACUGGCAACAACAUACCUCAGCUGCCGUGGAAUGUAUUCGGUACAAUAAACGAUUACAUGUCUUUGACAAUUGUCGACAUGAGUAACAAUCAUAUUCGAGAAAUCCUUGGCAAGUCAUAUCAUCAUGUUCAGAAUGUCAAACGUCUGAUAUUGAAUCACAACAAUUUGAGCAUAUCAAGGGACGAGGAUGAAACUAACCAUCAUCAUCCGAGAGUAUUUUCGAAUUUCAUAAAUUUGGAGGCUUUACAUUUGACAGAUGCAUUUGACGAUAACACAUCGCCACGUCUCAGCGAGGAUCUGCACGACAUCUUUGUCAAUAGCAAUUUGGCCAAAUUGCAAAAACUCCACUUGGAGCAAAAUGAAAUAACUCACUUCAAAGAUCGCAAAGUGUUCUGUGACCUGCCGAGCUUGCGUGACCUUCAUUUGGGUGACAACAAUCUAAAGGAGGUGAAUUUCGACGUGAAAUGCCUUAAGAAUCUACGAUUUCUCGAUUUAGAACGUAACAAAUUCGAAUACGUGAAAGCCAAGGAUUUAAGUCUAAUGGACGAAUUGGAAAGAUCCGGUCGCACUGUCAACCUCAUAGUCGACUUCAACCUCAAUCCAUUUGUUUGUGAUUGCAAGAUCAGCGUGUUGCACGAUUGGAUUCUCCAGACAGAUGUGACAGUUCGAAAUAAAGAGAAUCUAAUGUGCUACCGCAAUCACUUGAAACCCGAACCAAUCAUGAAAAUGCAAUACGGCAAGUGUGCAAGUGCAAAGUUGAGAGCCUCAAUGACAGGUCACACAAUGACCCUCAUCUUUCUGCUAAUAGUCCUCAGUAUGAUUCUGAUCGCACUUGUCGCAGCUUUGGUUUAUGUCAGCAGAGACAGAAUAAAAUAUAUGAUAACGCCAGUGUUUGAUACAGUUUCGAAAAAAGUGCAUUAUACAUCGAUCAAAGAUGAAGAUUGUCCGGAAGUCCAUGUCUGAGAAUUUGUCCAAUACAUAAAACCUACGUUAUAUAUACAUGCAUAUAUAUUUAUCAGCAAUAUAUUAAUUUAAACAUACAUAUAUAUAUACAUAUAAACAAAAAUGUAAAGCAUUAAUUUUGCAUAAAAUGAAAUUUAGAAUAAGAUAAGUUUUUCAUUUUUAUGAAUUUUAUAGAGUAAAAGUUUUUCGUUUUAUUCAAAAUAUUAUUGUUGGGUUAGCUUUUGUUUUUCUUUUUUAAAUGGUUUUAAGAUGUUAAACUAAAAAAUUCAAAAUUUAGAUUAAAAAGCAUUUAUUUUAACACACAUAUAAUUUAAAACACUUUUAGUGUUUCAUAUAAGACAUAUCACUUUAAUUUAAUUUAAGCCAUUAUUUCAUCUUAAUUUUAUAAUGUUUAAGUUUAUAUGACUAGAUACAAGUUAGCUUGUAAACACUGCGGUAAAAAGUAAAACUUAUUUUGUUUUAAGCUCUAUAACUCUUUCUAU